UGUUUGGGCGGAGUCCCGGUCCAUUUAUUUUUUAGCAUGCGAAAGUCUGCAUGCAGUAAACCGCUUAAGAGUGCCAUGCUGUAUAAGGUCUACUUAGUAAGCUCACUUCGCAGGGUGCUUCAAGGAAAAGUGGCGCCUUUCUUCGAAUGUGCCCUAGAAAAAAGAAGUAGCACGGAUGCGGGAGCCAACAGAGAGAGUGUAAGGAAAGGUCCUGUCACACAAGCACAGGACGCGUUUUAGGAUAAGCUGCUGAAGAGAAAAAACGAGCUAUUUUGACGCUUUUCUAAAACACUUAUAAUAGAUACACGUUUAAAAGCUUCGUUGAGAGGAUCAUACGAAGAGGCUUCUCGAGGAAGACAAGUUCAAGAUUAACAAAUCUGAAAUCGCACUCUUGGAAAAGGAACUACACCAUGGAGAAAGUCCUUUUCAUCUGUAUCUUGUUCACCGGUGCUGUGGCAACACAAAACAUGCUUCCUACAACACAGGGUCAGACUUCAUCUCGGCCUCAUCUGACUGGCUGUUUUUCUCGAGAUAUGAUAACUUUCCGCUGUCAAUGGGAUACUGGAUCUUUCCAAAACCACACAGAACUCGAGGAUCUGAGCUUUUUCUACAUGUUAGAAAAGGAUCCUAAGAAAACUUAUGGAAAAUGGAUUGAAUGUCCAAGUUACAACUCCUUGAGGAAUGAAUGCUACUUUGAUGCCAGUCAUACCUUUGUAUGGUAUACUUAUGUGAUCCAGCUGCGCUCUGUUGAGAAUGUUUAUGAGGAAAUGUCUUUUAACAUAGAAAACAUUGUGUUUCCAGACCCACCUGUACGUCUGAACUGGACUCUUUUAAAAAUGGCCUCCAGCGGUUUACACUGUGAUGUGGUUUUAAGCUGGGAUCCACCUCCGUCCGCUGGAGUGCCUCUGUCAGAUGGAUGGAUCUCACUGGUUUACGAGACACAGUACAGAGAAAAGGAUUCAGACCAGUGGAACACACUGGAAAAUGACAAAAACACACAGGCAUUUAUCUACGGUCUGGAAAGCAAUACUGAAUAUGAACUCAGAGUCCGGGCAAAAAUGAGAGGCUUCCACUUUGGAGACUUCAGUGACUCCAUCUUGAUACUUGUUCCUAACAAAGAAUCAAGAAUUUCGAUUACGGCUGUGCUGGUCUUUACUGCUGUCAGUGUCACCAUUAUCUUGAUGCUGAUUGUAGUUUCACGUCAACAAAAGAUAAUGGUGAUUUUCUUGCCACCCGUUCCUGGACCAAAAAUCGAAGGCAUUGACCCUUUGAAUUUUAAGAAAGGCCAGGCAAGUGACUUCAAAAUCUUAGGGACCCACCCAGACUUGAGGCCAGAGCUGUACAGCAACGAUCCAUGGGUCGAGUUCAUAGAGGUGGACAUUGACGAACCACAUGAGAGCCAGCAGGAGCUCCUCAUCGCUGACUCAUCGGCCUCGGACUCUCCACAGAUGCCUAGUAGUUUCAAGGAUGAUGAUUCGGGAUGGGCGAGCUGCUGUGAUCCAGACCUGUCAGAUCACGAUCAAACAGAUCUAAAACAAGCUUCCAGCAGUUGCCACGAUGGUUUCCUCCCGCUGUCGCGUGCACACUCUGCAGCCACCAGGCCACAAGAAACAACCUGGUCAAACAAUCUUUACUCACAGGUUAGUGACAUCACUCAGCGUGGUGAGUUCGUGCUGAGUCCAGAAGAACAAGAAAUGGCGGCUCUGCAGGACAAAGACAUAAAUAAGAACAAAGAAAUCCAACGGUUAGCGAUGAUUCCUGACGAAAGAGGCUACACCUCUGAGAUUGUGGCCAGUACGAUCAGCGCCCAUCACAAUAAACCAAACCCACCCAAGACUGAUCAAGAACAGCACAGUGAAUACAGAGACACAGAAACAUCCCCUUGGUCCAGUGCUUUUCCUAUUCUUGCAAAGCCUCCCAGCCCAGAUUACACAAUGGUUGAUGCGGUGGACUGGACAAAUGGUCUCCUCUUGAAACCAAAUACACCAACAGCCCCACAGAAAGCAGCAGCGAAGACUUCGUUUACUCCUGUAGGAUACCUGACUCCUGACCUUCUGGACAACAUUACACCUUAACUAAAAGUGGAGUAUGUUUGCUCUUUGUCAGAUGUCUGACUGGUUAGCCAACACCAAACAUGAGGUGUGAUCCACAAGGAGGGAAUCUUGAAGCAAAGCCAGUUCUCAAGCCUUCUCCAGUGGAAUGGACGUCAUGAACCAAAUCUAUUGGCAAGCUAAUAAAUGGCUGUAUAUGGCCUGGAGUUUUUCCUUUCUAAUUUGAAAGGUUAACAGGUUCAGAGGUUAUUUUGAGCAGAUAUGGAGCAUAAGUAUAUUAGCCUGUUGUUUGAUGCCAUAAAAAGAUAACAACUGAUUUUUAUUAGCUGGUUGUUUGAUGCCAUAAAAAGAUAACAACUGAAUUGUUAUGCUCUCACAUUUAGUCAUAAGACAGCUAUACCUGUUGAUAUACAUUUGUGUACUUUUAUUGUUCAUUUUCAGUGAACUAACCACCAGUAUGUGUCUGUAAAAAGUGCCUACUUUAAAUUUAAACAUCAGUGUUAAAAAAUGUUGCUCAAUUCAUUCAAGAGGGACUUCCUUUGUUUGUUACCUGGUAGUCUUUUCUUCCUCAGUGUUAUGCUUUUCUUCCAUAAAUGACUGACAUGUUUUUGUGACUCAAUGGGGUAAAUAUGGUGAAUUUUGUUUUCAUGACAAGCCGUCCUUGCUUGUAAAAUACCAAAUAAACCAGGCUAAACUGGUUUAUCUGUCUCUCUAAUUGGUUUUCGAGUGGUUUGAGACACUUUUCCGUUGAGACCAGAUAACUGACAGACUGUAAAACCGUCUAAAGUCCAGCAAACCUGCUAGUUAUUUUUUUUAGCAGGUUUGUACAUUUAAUGAUGUGCUUGGGCAUGUAUCAAUACUGUUUACCAGUAUAAAUCAAACAAUAUGCUUUGUAACCAUGUAUCGCUAAAUAAAACAGCAGCGUUUGAACUCUGA